CAAGGUUGUUGAAUUGUUAUCUCCGAAAUCGCAAAAAUGGCCGAAACACUUGCUUGGAUAGGACUGGGAAAUAUUGGACGGGGAAUAGUCAAAAACCUCAUCCAGAAAGGUCCGCAGUCAAACCUAAUUCUUUACAACCGUACAAUCUCCAAAGCCACUGCCUUCUCCUCGACCUUGGAAAAGGGCAAAGUCACCGUCGCCUCCACCGUCUCCGACGCCGUGAAAUCGGCCUCCAUCAUCUUCGUCUGUGUCGGCGACGAUGCAGCCGUGGAAUCGGUAAUUAAUGCCAUUAUCUCUGAGGAAUCAGGCGAUAUCUCCUCCAAGACUGUCGUAGACUGCUCGACCGUUCACCCGGACACAACGCGGAAGGUCCAGAAACUGCUCGCGGCGCGGGAUGCGGCCUUCGUGGCUUGUCCUGUGUUCGGGGCCCCGGCUGCCGCGGAUGCGGGACAACUAGUUGUUGUUCCGGCGGGGCCUGUUGAAUCUGUCAAGAAGAUAACGCCAUACCUGACUGGUGUUACAGCCAGAGGGAUCAUCGACAUGAGCGGCCAGGAUGUUGGCAGGGCGAGUCUGCUCAAGGUCCUCGGGAACACGUUCAUCCUGAACAUGGUGGAGACUCUGGGGGAGGCGCUGGUUGUUGCUGAAAAGUCCGGACUGGGCACCGACGUGUACCAGCAAUGGGUUAAUGCAUUCUUCCCGGGCCCUGUUGCGGGUUACGCGACACGGAUGUUAUCAGGGGACUAUUACCAGCGUGAGGAGCCAUUGUUCGCGGUUGACCUUGCGCGGAAGGAUCUGCGGCAUGCAAUGACGGUCGCAAAGGAUUCGGGGAUGAGGCUGCGCAGUGUCGAGGUGGCUGAUGCGUAUUUGAAAGAGGUGAAGGCUGAGCGUGGGGAGAAGGGAGAUGUCGCUGCCGUCUACGGAGCUAUCAGGAAGGAGUCUGGCCUGGAUUUUGAGAACGGAGGUCAGAAAUAGGAGUAUGAAAGCAAAUUCAUUACUUUUAUUCGGAGCAAGCCCUCCGCACUGGUGUUUUGGUAGUUAUGGUAGGUAUAGUGACGUAGGAAGUAACAACUUCAUCUAUCAGUCAUUUGUUCCGGAUGACUUCCACGCUGUCCAGAAUGAUGCAUUCAAUUUGCAAUUGCAAUAUCUACAAUUGUUCCAAAGGCUGUAUAUAUUUCUCUGCCGGGCAAUAAACAAACCCAACAAGCUAUGCCCUGCCUCUUUGCUUCUCUUCUUAUCCUUAGUUCCGCAGGGUAUAUA